AUGGCAACGCCCCGAGACAAAUUACGAAGCAUCAUGGACGCAAAGGCGGGCCCAGAGCCUCACCAAGCCAAGACUCGAGAGCAAGACAUUCUCAAAUCUGUCAAGGAGAAGAUGGUUCAGGCGGCGCACGACCUCGCCCUGGAGAUGAAGAAAGAAUACACCGAACGCCUAGCCCCAAUGCUGAACGAUAUCCGAGAGGAAUUCGAAGCCGAGAUGCAAAAGGCGUCCAACCUCUCCGCCUCGUCAGUAGUGAAGACCACCGCCGCUCUCCUCAGCCAGCAUUUCAACGAAAUGGACUUAAAGCUUACCCGCGCCACCGAAGAUCUCUCCAGCAAGGCCGAGACUAAGGACAAGGGCAAGGAGAAGGAAGAAAAGCUGUCCGAAGAGCCGGCGCAGCCGGGCGGCUAUCAAUUUCGGCAGCUUACGGAGUCGCCGGGUCUUCACCGCGCUAGGAUGGCAGCUACGCCUAUGAGAUCCACCCGACGGGGUACAAAGCGCAAGAGAAACAUCAUCCCAGACUCAUCCGACGAGGCGAAGAACAAGCACCCCAUGGUCGGACCCUCCCCAGACUCCAGCGACGACACAGACUCGGGCAUUCCAGCACGUCCCUCUCCCCGCCGCCAUGAGGAGGUCCACGAGCCCGUCCACGAGCAGCUGACGCCGUCGCGCCGCCCGCGCGGCAGCCAGAACGACAGCAAGCGCGGCCGCACCCGCGGCCGCUCCGAGUCGGUGUUCUCGUCCUCUAUACAGACACGCUCCUGCACCCGCUCCCGUUCUCGCCCCCGUGGUCUUGCCUCAACCGUUGCCAGUAGCGCGCCGAUUCUUCGUUCGGCGAUUGCGGAGGAAGCAGACGGUGACGAUGCCCGGUUCUAUCCCAGCGGUCGAUCGAGCCGCAGCAAGGUGCGCGUCCCGUCGAGCUACAACGACGCCGAGUACUACGACAGCUUGAACAUCAAGCCGUUCCGAAGAUCGUAA